AUGGCAAGCCAAACACCUGAAUUUUAUCAUAAAGCUCUUGAAAUUAAACGAAAUGUUCUUCCACCUACGCAUAGUGAACUUGCUGUUACUUAUAAUAAUAUAGGGGAACUUCAAAACGAAAUGGAAAAUUUCCCGUUUGCAUUAACAUACUUUGAAAAAGGUUUGAAUAUUCAAUUAAAAACUUUAUCUCCUUAUGAUUCAUCAUUAGCUAAUACUUAUAAUAAUAUUGAUCUUAUUCAUCGUGAAAUGGAAGAUUAUUCACAAGCUAUUUCAUAUUUUGAAAACUCACUUGAAAAGUUAAAUAUAAAACAUUUAUGUCACAUCAUCCGUUAUUAG